CAGCUGCUCCGGUUUGGUGGAUUUGCGCACCGUAUAUAACCCGGAGGCACCGCUCGAUCGAAGCCCAUAUUUGCACGGCGACGCGUAGCUUCCCCGGCUUUUCCUCCUCUCCCUCCCCACCGCUUCCCACCGCUUCGACGCCAGGAUGACCACUUCAAGGCGCCUUGCAGACAGAAAAAUUGCAAAAUUUCAGAAAAAUAUAACAAAGAGGGGUUCUGUUCCUGAGACAGCAGUUAAGAAAGGAAAUGACUAUCCUGUUGGGCCCAUUGUGCUCGGGUUCUUUGUCUUUGUGGUCAUCGGAUCAUCUAUAUUUCAGAUAAUCAGGACAGCUACGAGCGGUGGAAUGGCUUGAAGCAAAUGACUGACAAAACUCUUGCUAAGUUCGUGAUUGAUGGUCCAAAUUUUAACCCAAUGUUGAAUCGAUAUCUAAAGAGAAGUUUUAGGGAGAAGCUUUGUGAUGUCGUCCUGUUUACCUUCUGACUAAAUCAUGAUUAGUUGAAAUAAUAAAGGGUGCCUUUCUGCUCCAACUAAAAAUUGGCGUUGCUUGCAUUACUCUCUCUCUCCCCCCCUUCCCUAUCUUCAGUCAUAUCUUGUGCUAUUUGAUCAAUAACAGCUGGAGCUUAGCUGUUUUUUUCUCGAAAAGAGUAAUUUUACCAUAUCUGAAAAGAUGUAUUGUAAUGUGGAAUUUGAUUCACAAGAACUUGUUCAGUGGAUGAUAUGUCAGAGAGGGUGGCGUGGCCUUCUGCUUUUAA